AGCUCAGUCAGCUGAAAUCCACGGCUCGACUCAGAAGCUCGGAACGCAAGUGGAUGGAAACACAAGAACCCCUUUAAAACUAAGUCCAGACAUGGAACCUGAAAGAAAUGGUCUGAAUCCAGAAGAUGCAGGAGUGCUUUGAAUCACUUUUGUAAACUUACUGUGUGGAGUGGUUCUUUUUCUUGAGUCGUAGUAAAGGGAAGAAAAGAAAAUUCAUCCCUUAGUGCACCGUCUGUGAACUGAAUCAUGCCCCCCAGAUAGCAGUCUCGUCAUCCUUUCCACUCCCCCCUCCCUUGUCCCUUGGCCCCCUCCUUUACCUUCCUGGUUCAGCACCACCACUGCCAGCUUCGCCACCGUAGCCGCUAUGCCUCCCAGGAAGAGGACACGGGCGGGUCUGGGCUUCCUGUGCUGCUUUGGAAGCAGCGAGCCACCGGAGAUCAACCUUAAGGACACCGUGCCGCUGCAGCUGCUGGAGUUCAGCUCCCCCAUGCCACCUGCAGAGGAGCUGCAUGCACGCUUUUCUGAACUGGUGGAUGAACUGGACUUGACCGACAAGAAUAGAGAGGCCAUGUUUGCGCUGCCUGAUGAGAAGAAAUGGCAGAUCUACUGCAGCAAGAAGAAGGAGCAAGAAGAUCCCAACAAGCUGGCUACCAGCUGGCCCGACUACUACAUAGACCGCAUCAACUCCAUGGCCGCUAUGCAGACAUUGUUUGCCUUCGAUGAGGAAGAAAUGGAAAUGCGGAACAAGGUGGUGGAAGAUCUGAAGACAGCACUCCGAACCCAGCCUAUGAGGUUCGUCACACGAUUCAUCGAACUCGACGGACUCACCUGCCUGCUCAAUUUCCUGCGCAGCAUGGACUACGAGACGUCAGAGAGCCGCAUCCACACUUCAGUCAUCGGCUGCAUCAAGGCCCUGAUGAACAACUCGCAGGGACGCGCGCACGUCCUGGCCCAUCCGCAAAGCAUCAACACCAUCUCUCAGAGCCUGCGGACGGAGAACAUUAAAACUAAAGUGGCGGUUCUGGAGAUUCUCGGAGCUGUUUGCUUGGUGCCUGAUGGACACAAGAAGGUGCUGCAGGCCAUGGCGCAUUACCAAAAAUACGCUGCAGAGAGGACUCGAUUCCAGACGCUCCUCAAUGAGCUGGACAGAAGCACUGGCCGCUACAGGGACGAAGUCAACUUGAAGACGGCAAUCAUGUCCUUCAUCAAUGCGGUGCUCAGUGCUGGAGCCGGAGAGGACAACCUUGAGUUUCGUCUCCACUUGAGGUACGAGUUCCUGAUGCUGGGCAUUCAGCCGGUUAUUGAUAAACUCCGAGAGCACGAUAACGCCACUCUGGACAGACAUCUGAACUUCUUUGAGAUGGUGAGAAACGAGGACGACUCUGAGCUAGCCAAAAGAUUUGAUAUAUCCCAUGUGGACACAAAGAGCGCUGGUGCCAUGUUUGAGCUGAUCAAGAAAAAGCUGAGCCACACAGAUUCCUACCCACAUCUUCUCUCGAUCCUUCAGCACUGCCUGCAGAUGCCCUAUAAACGUGGAGGUUGCAGCUUGCAGCACUGGCAGCUUUUAGACAGGAUCCUUCAGCAGAUUGUCCUGCAGGACGAAAAGGGAGAGGACCCAGACGUCUCCCCACUCGACAACUUCAGUGUUAAGAACAUUAUUCGCAUCCAAGGCUACCAGCGCUCCUCAAGGCUGGUCAACGAAAAUGAGGUGAAAUUGUGGCGAGAGCAGGCCGAGAAGUUCAGGAAAGACCAUGCAGAGCUAAUGGCUAAGCUGGAGAGGAAAGAGAGGGAGUGCGAGACAAAGACCCAGGAGAAGGAGGAGAUGAUGAAGACUCUGAACAAGAUGAAGGACAAGCUGCAACGUGAGGGCGUGGAGCUGCGUUCGGCCAGAGAGCAAGUGCUCGACUUGUCGUCGCGCAUCAAUGACUUUGCACAGGGCAGCAGUGUUUCCAUGCUGCCUCCCCCUCCGCCUCCUGGAGCACCAGUGCCUCCACCUCCUCUACCUAUGUCAGGCAGCUUUCCUCCACCACCGCCUCCACUGCCGUUCAGCUGCCCGCCGCCGCCCCCGCCACCUCCUCCGCCCGGGGCACCGCCUCCUCCACCUGGAGCUCCUCCUCUUUUUGGAGCACCGCCGCCUCCCAUGCCCUCCUCAUUCAACUCCAUGAACAUGAUGCGGUCAAAGUCCAUUCCUCAGCCGUCUCAUCCGCUGAAGUCCUUCAACUGGAGCAAAUUAGGAGACAAUAUGAUCAACGGCACCAUCUGGAAUGAAAUUGAUGACCUGAGGGCGUUCAAGGUUCUGGACCUGAAGGACAUAGAGAAGAUGUUCUCAGCGUACCAGAGACAGCAGGACCUGCUAACUAACCAAUCCUUCAAACAGAAAGAGACUGGCUCUAUGGAUGACAUCUACGUCAGCACACGGAAGGUCAAAGAGCUGUCGGUCAUCGAUGGCAGACGUGCUCAGAACUGCGUCAUCUUGCUUUCAAAGUUGAAAAUGACAAAUGAAGAAAUCAAAAGGGCGAUACUAGAGAUGGAUGAGAGGGAGGAGCUAGCCAAAGACAUGUUGGAGCAGCUGCUUAAAUUUGUCCCUGAGAAAAGUGACAUAGAUCUUUUAGAAGAGCAUAAACAUGAGUUGGAGAGGAUGGCCCGAGCUGACCGCUUCCUCUUUGAGAUGAGCAGAAUUGACCACUACCAGCAGAGACUACAGGCUCUGUUCUUUAAGAAGAAGUUUGCAGAGCGUUUAGCUGAAACCAAGCCUAAGGUUGAAGCCAUCCUGAACGCCUCCGUGGAGGUGGUCCGGAGCAAGCGUCUGACUCAGGUCCUGGAGGUGGUGCUGGCCUUUGGAAACUUCAUGAACAAGGGCCAGCGGGGGAACGCCUUCGGAUUCAAGGUUUCCAGCCUGAACAAGAUCGUCGACACCAAGUCGAGCAUAGACAGGAACAUCACCAUGUUGCACUACUUGAUCAUGAUCUUUGAGAAGAACUACCCAGACACGUUGUACAUCCAGGAAGACCUCAGGAGCGUGCCUGAAGCCGCCAAAGUCAAUUUGUCAGAGUUGGAAAAAGAAGUGCACAACAUCAAAAGCGGGCUGAAGGCUCUCGAGGCGGAGCUGCACUACCAGCAGAGCAGGAUGAGGGAACGCGGGGAUAAGUUUGUGGCUGUGAUCGGUGACUUCAUCACCGUGGCUGGGUUUAGCUUCUCUGAACUGGAGGACCAGCUGAGUGAAGCCAAGGAAAAGUUCGCCAAAUCUCUGAAGCACUUUGGAGAAGAAGAAGGGAGGAUGCAGCCUGACGACUUCUUCGGCAUCUUUGACACCUUCUUGCAGUCGUUCAGCGAAGCUCGGCAGGACCUGGAAAACAUGCAGCGGCGCAAGGAGGAGGAAGAGCGGAGGGCACGGAUGGAGGCCAUGCUGAAGGAGCAGAGGGAGCGCGAGCGGCGGGCUAAGAAGGGCGGGGCCACGGAGGAGGUCGGCGGGGAGUUUGACGACCUCGUCUCUGCGCUGCGCUCUGGCGAGGUCUUCGACAAGGACCUUAACAAAUUCAAGCGAAGCCGGAAGCGCUCCGUCAACCAGCUAGUGGAAGGUGGCGGCCGAGAGAGAGCCGUCACCAAGGUGAACUACUAAAGUUGGAAAAAGGAAGUAGAAAAGCAAAACUUUAGAGAUCUAAAAUUUGCCGUGACGUAGAUCAACUUUAACCCAGAGCUUUGGACAGUCACGGCUUCCUUUGGAGCAGAUGUUAGCAACAGCUGGACUGGACGUGUAGAGACAUCCAUGGACAGCUUCGCUGCCUCAAAAGAUGCAGCUCUCCCCUCGGAUUGGUCUUCUAAAGCUGUUUCCGACCCGUUUAUCUCCACAGUUGGGAUGGAAGGACGGACAGACCACUGUGACACAUUGUCCCACGUCAUCUAACUGUAUCCAUUGGACACUGUUCUUCAGGUUCUCCUUGUCGAUCACUCCUGCUCUUCCUCAGAAACCUUCUCUGUUCUUCUGAGAGCUCUUUGGUGCUGAAGUUUGGUUAUCGGGAUCAGAACUCUAGGAUUAGUCAGUCGCGUUGUAUAUAGACACCAAAUGGAAAGUUUGGAAACUUGUGAAGCUUGGCAGGUUAAAUAAAAACACAAAAGAUAGAUGAGACGGGGGGUGUGGGGCAGGCAGGGUAUCUAAGCCAUUACGUCCACAGUUAUGGUGCUUUUUCCCUGAGAAAAACCAGAUUUUGCAGCCACAGAAUGGAUCUACGAUCGCAAACCUCUGACACUAAAACAACGGGUAUGGACUCAAGAAAUCUCCUGUUGCUUCAUAAUAAUGAAUCCUUACCAGUGGCUUCUGAUGGCACACCGCAUCCCCAAGAAGAUACCAACCACAAAUUUUCUAGGAAAUAACAGGAAAAAAAAAAAAAAAC